AAAAAAAUUCACUUGCCGGAAAAAAAGUAGAAAAAAGAGCACCCAGAAUCAUGUGUCAGCGGCAAACUGAAGUGAGAAAGAGGGAGAGCGAGCAGGAGCAGGCGAUAGAGGGUGAGAGCGAGACGAGAGCAGGCGAGAGAGGCAACGCGAGAGAGAGAGAAGGGGAAAGAGGAGGGGGAAUAGAGGGAGGGAGAGAGAGAGAGAGUCAGAGUGUGAGAGUCGUUCCUGCCCUCUGUCUCUACACACUGCUUGCCUGUGUGUGUGUGUGUGUCUGUGUGUGCGUGCGCGUUUCUCCCUGUGCUCUCUCUCUCACUCACACACACGCAGACGUGCGCACACAGAAAGAGGGCGAGCAAGUGAGCGAAAGAGAGAGAGAGCGAGAGCGAGAGAGAGGGGAGAGAGAGAGAGAGAGAACACAUCGCAGCAGAGAUGCAGCAGGAGGUUUUCCGAGGUUUGGGGGUAGUGCCAUGGUGUCCCAGGCGGAGCUAUGGGACCCCCAUCACUCCAGCAGCGUCCUGUCUGAGCUGAAUCAGCAGCUCCUUGCCGACCUUGCCCCGCCGUUUGACGUCACACUCGCCGCUGCCAACGACACAGAGGUCCACGCCCACAAGAGCAUCCGAGCUGCCCGCGGCUCAUACUUCCGCCAGCUAUCGUCUUCCCUUGCCACCAGCACUCCCUUGGGUACUUCCUCUACCACCACUCCUGGAAAAGAGAGAGUGGUGGAGCCCUCCUGACUCCGGCCUAGGGCACUUUCCGACCUGCCGGACUACGUGUACACGUCUCGCGUCUCCCAGCGAGACUCCGGAGGUGCCAGGCGUCUGUCCGAGGCGGCAGACUGCAGCCUCGCGGUGCCUUUCCUCGUCGGAUCGGUUAAGGAGAGCGAGCAGAUGAAAAGCAAACAACUGAAAGGGAACAGGAUGGGGGAGGAGAGCAGCCCGGCGGAUGUCGGCCAAACCACGAAAAUAUCUCUCCGCUUUCCCCUCAGCGCAGGGUUGCCAGUCCCCAUGGCACAAAACCACUGCCCCAUCCCACUCUCCCUGCCCUCAUCUGUUGCCGAGCAUGAGAUGAGCCUCGCAGAGGGGACGAGGAAAAUGGAUUCUCUCACGGACAAGCAGCUGCCCCGCAUGCCAAUGAAACACAACAACUUGCCAGCCGCUCCACGCUCCUCUUCCUCCUCCUGCUCUUCCUCUUCCUCCUCUCCCAUGGAUCUAACUGCGUCAGUCAGGAAGGACUCUAAAUCCACUCCAGCCUUUUCCACAGCUGGUCCUGAUCCCCAUUUUCAGAGCCUCCCCCCUGGCCCAGCGGCGGGCUAUUCAGGGGAUGCCUCUGAGGGGAGCCUUCCACACGGCACCAACCCAGAGCACUCGACCACGGAGACAGCACAUAUCCUUUUCAAACUGAGCACCAAGGCCUUCCAGGGCCAGGGGGCCAGGGGGUCGGAGAGGAGGAAGGACCACGGCUCCAAAAGCAAACAAGCCAAGGGGGGGACCCCGCGGAGGGAGCUGAGUGUCGCUCAGCCAGCUGACCCCCCUGCUUCUCCCCCUCCCCUCUCCCCCUCCCCCUCCCUCAGCCCCCCUCCUUCCCCUCCGUCUGUUGCUCCCUCUCUGCCUGGUGAUGCCUCCCAGGAGAUCAUGAAGCCGGAGCUUCUGUGCGGGGUGUGCCACCGUCUUUUCAGCACCGCCUCCUCCCUCACCGUCCACAUGCGGCUGCACCGGGGCAGCCGGGCGCUCAGCUGCCGCCACUGUGGCAAAGCCUUCAUCCAUAACAAAAGACUGCAGUCCCAUGAGGCCAUGUGCAAGCAGGCCUUGCCAGCUCUCCCCAUCCAGCCCAAACAGGAACCCCUCAAUGAGGCAGAGGAGUUGGGGGAGCAAGAAGCAGGGGAGGGGGAGGGGGAGGGGGAGGGGGAGUCGGCUGAGCCAGGUCACGUGACCGGAGCUGGCCGCCCCAUGAAGAAAGGACGUGGCUUUGCGGGGCGCCAUCGGAUUUCUUUUCCUCCUGGCGAAGAAGGGCUGCUAAGCGAGGACGAUCACUUCAUCAAGGUUGUGGACGGCCACAUCAUCUACUUCUGCACUGUGUGUGAGCGGUCCUACAUGACCCUGUCCAGCCUUAAGCGGCAUUCCAACGUCCACUCCUGGCGCCGGAAGUACCCCUGCCACUUCUGCGACAAGGUCUUUGCCCUGGCGGAAUACCGCACCAAGCACGAGGUCUGGCACACGGGGGAGCGCCGCUACCAGUGCAUCUUCUGCUGGGAGGCCUUCCCCACCUAUUACAACCUCAAGACCCACCAGAAGGCUGUACAUGGCAUUAGCCCCAGCCUCAUCUCCAGUGAGAAAACAGCAAAUGGAGGCUAUAAGCAGAAAGUCAAUGCCCUCAAGCUCUACCGCCUGCUGCCCAUGCGAGCGCAGAAAAGGCCCUAUAAGACCUACAGCCACUCGAUGGCGGAAGGCAUGUUGCUGCCCACUGAUCCUCUGUCUUUGGACUGUGCUCUGCCGACCACCCUGGAUGCUGGCGAACUGCAGGCCCUGCUUGCUGAUGCUCACCCAACGGGUCUGAAGGAAGACCCAGACGCAUUCCCCAUCAGCUUGAGUCUGGGUCAGGAUGAAAUCGCCACGCUGGCUGCCACCCACGGAGGUAUGCCAGUAAGCGGGAGAGAGGGAAGUUUGUCAGAAUCAGGGCCGGCUGGUGGCAAUGGCAGGCCUCCCAAACUUCCCAAGGGGGACUGCAGUCCGGCCACAGCUGCUUCCUCCGUCAUCACCUAUGGACACACUAAGCCGUCCGUCAUUGUGCACGGCACAGCGGUCUCAUCUUCUGUAAUUGUUCACAGUAAUCAGAUCUCAGCUGGCAGUGCACAAAGCCCUCCAAACAGCUCUCCCCCCUCCCCUCUGCCUAGUGGGCAGCCAAUGGUAAGAACUUCUCAGCGCUCGACAAAGAAACAUGCACAAAAAGAGUCCACGGACACCCACAGGGAGACGGGCAAUGCCUCAGAGCACACAGACAUCUCUGAAAGCAGACAAACAGGGACAGGUAAAGCUCAUCACAAGGUGCGCAAGUCGCACGGCAAAAAUGACUCCCACUCGAGUAAGCCAUCCAGCCACGGGGCUGUGCCCGAAGCCAAGGGAACAGGGCCGCUGUGCCAGAUCACUGUACGUAUCGGAGAGGAGGCCAUCGUCAAACGGAGCAUCUCUGAGACAGACCUCAUGAGGAACAAAGACCCGUCGGCCUGCAAAGCCAAAAAGGGUGAUGCCUCUGCAGUGGAGGAGCAGAGGGAACUCCGUCACACUCAUCACCAUCGCCACAAACACCGCUCCCACCGGAGCUCCAGCAAGGAGGAGGCAGAGGGGGAGCCCCGAAAGAAAACCCCCAAAACUCCGACCAAGGUGAGGGAGUAUUACUUUCGCCAGGAGGUGCGAGAGGAGGACAGCGAUCAGGAUGGAGAGGACAACCUCUGGAGGCCAUAUUACUCUUACAAGCCCAAGCGCAAAGCCCCUCACAUGCAGAAGGUGAAAAGCUGGCAGCGUAAGCUACACUACAAGCGAUCACUGAGGCAGAUGCAGAAAGGUGAGAGACUCGCAAACCACAAAGACAAUCGGGUGGAGGAGGAGGAGGAGGAGGAGGAGGAGGAGGAAGAGCUGGGAGAUGAUGGGGUGGACAGGGACGAGCAGGCACUUAAGACGGAGGAGGAGGAGCGUGACAUCAUGAACCAAGAAAGGGAGAGUGUGGAAAACAACAGAGACACACCUUCUGCUCCUUUGAAAGAGAGUGAGGACACUGUGAUGGAAAAAGAAAGCCAGUCUAUGCCUGACCCGCCUGCUCCUAACCCAAAGCCCUUCCUGGAUACCUCAAAGCCAUCCACGGACCGACAGGAACGGAGCUGGUCAGUGGGAGGACAGACAGCAGAGUGUGGCACCUGUGGCCGGUGGUUCUCCAGCGUGAGAAAGCGGGACAAACACGAGCUGACCCAUUUGAUUGAGUUUGUGUGCAUGCUGUGUCAGGCCUCGUUCCACUCCCAGUCCAAGCUAGAGGAGCAUCAGAAGGCCCAGCACCCCAAACCCUGUCCCAAGAGCCCCCCUGCUCUGCCUGCGCUGCCUUCAGCAGCUGUGGACGAGGCCAUGGAGACAGAUGCCGGUUGUGACCAGGCCAGGGACAUUACAGAGAGGGAUGGUCCGGCUCGAGUGGGUAGGAGACCUUUUGUCAGGCACGUCUGUUCGCAGUGUAACAAGGUGUGCAAGACGGCCACGGCACUGAGUCGCCACCUCAGGAGGCACGAGUUAGGCAGCCCAGCCAUGGCAGCAGAGGCCCAACUGAGCAUGCCCAGUGUGAGCCCGAAACUGGCGGAUCGGUCUCUGAGUGAGCCGCAAGAGACCAACAGUGACCACGUGCAGCCGACGCCAGUCAUUAACUACACUACGUUAACUACACCACAAGAGCAGAAGCAGGUGUUCGCUGAAUGUGUUAAGUCGUCAAGUCUGAGCCAGCCUUGUGAAGCCCAAGCAGAGAACCAAAUGCCAGAGUCCUCUGAUGUCCCAGAGGCGGUGGCCGUUGACAGAAGUCCCAGUGUACAAAGCCUGCACCAGACUAUACAAAGCCCCCCUCCGAGUCCACAAUGUACAAAGACAGCUACACCAGACAGCCUCACCAACUCCACAGCAGAUGGCCAUAGGUUUUUGUCAUCACCCAAUCUGCACAGUGUUUUGGUCCUGAACGGAGCGGAGUGUUUAGACUACAGAACACCUGAAAAGAAAAGCCUGGAUGUUCUUGAUCAGAGGAAAAGCAGUCCUGUCCGGAGAGCGACAGAGAGGCCAAACAGCUCGUAUUCUGUCAUGCCAGCUAAACCCCAGGUAACAUCUGACAAUGCUUUAUCUCGACUCCUUAUAACAGAGCCCAACAGGGGGGCAAAUGUAGAGCGUGAGAGUACCUUAGAAACAGAGAAACAGGGUAAUAGGGGCCCCCAUGUGCUUUUUAACAAUGCACAAGUGGCCCAGGAUCUCAGGGUCCCUGCCUUGUCCUGCAGCCCUUGUGACAACCAAGCACAGGACUUUACCAUGCCGACCAUCCUGGCCAGGGAGAGGGAGAGGGAGAGGGAGAGGGAGAGGGAGAGGGAAAGGGAGUGGGAGAGGGAGAGAGAGGGACGAGAGAGGGAGAGGGAGAGGGAUAGAGAUAGGGAGAAGGAGAGGGAAAGGGAGAGGGAGAGGGAAAGGGAGAGAGAGAGGGAAAGGGAAAGGGUGCAAAUGACUGCUGGGCUGCACAACUUCCAAAACGAACAACAGCACAGGGAGCAAGAGAUGACUCUGCUGGUGCCCAAAGAGGAGCCAGUGAGCCCGGCGCCGUCUCCAAAAUGCUCUGUGGUUCAAACCACAACAAGCAACACUUUGCAGAGGCGUUCAAAGUCACCCCGGCACUCCCCAAGCACCGCAGAUCUGGCGCGGGCGAAACAGGAGGCGACGCAUUCCCGUCGGCUCGGCCGGCAGGGGCUCAUGUUGCCAACUAGUUCAACCGGGGCCAACGAGCGCCCCUCCGCCCACGCUCUGCUGCUCCCCAGGGUGUCUGAGGCGAAGCGGGAGAGCGCUCCCUCAAGCAUCACUGGGGACCCCCAAAGGGAGAACAGAGGCUACCCCGUCCAGGACUUCCCUUUGCCCUUGAUUGUGCCCGGGGGCUUUCGCUCCGGGAAAAAACAAGAGGACAACUUCAUGUCUUACCCUGCCAGCCCCUUUCCCUUUGCAUCACUGGGCAAGAUGGUUUCCCCCGGAGAUUUGGCCAAACUGCCCUUCUACCGUGACCCAUACGCGCUACUGUGUGCCCCACAGCUGCUAGCCUACCCCUACAAUCUAGCCACCCUGCCCAUGGCCAUGAACAUGAUGGGGGCAUCUGGGGACAAGGCUGAGCCCCUGCCCUUUCUGCCUGCUCUCUUCAACUAUGCCGCGGCCACUGCCCCUUACACGGGCAUCGCACCACAUACCUUGGUGGCGAACCCCAGCUUCUAUGGGGGCAGCAGUGCCAGCGGCAAAAAGAGGGACAGUGCCAACCCAUAGGAGAACAUUCUAGAGUCUGCAUCUCUGAAGGAAUAUUUAAGGAAAUAAAACCAGAAGACCAGGCCUUUUGGCAGAGGACUUACUGUUUUGUUUUUGUUUUGUUAUUUUGUUGCUCUUUGGUAAAACUAACAGCACUUGACAGUCCUUGCCUCUCUUUUUGUAAAAGUAGUCAUGAGACCUUGGAAAUUGUAGAGAAGGGGGUAAAGGGACGAAUAGGUCUUUUUGGAAGGGCGGAGAAAGGUGAAGAGGGGACAUGAGAGGGGAAAGACAGACAGUCUGCUCUUCCUCCCUUCCUCUCUUCCUCGCUCCUUCUGGUCAGAUGUGCCUCCAGCACAUCACUCCUUUAGUCAUGUCUUUCUGUAGUAACUGUAGAGCUUGAUUGUUUGUCUUCUCAGACUCCUUCUGUUAAUAACUAUGAUAUAAUAAGAAUAUAACAGCUAACAGGGUGUGUGUUUUGCAACAGUUUAGUUCAGUAUGCUUCCCACUGUAGCCGAAUAAUUAUAAUAAUAUUGAUAUAAUGAAUAAUAAUGAUAUAACACCUCAAAUGGAGGCUAAGUGUAUUAGGAAAGGAAAGGGAUAAGCUGGUUAUGUCAUUCAGCGUCAAUGGGGUCAAAUAACAAACCUAUGAGUGGAUGUGGCUCUGGCUGUACUAGAGGGUAUGUGUGUAUGUGUGUGCACAUGUGUGUGUGUGUGUGUGUGUGUAUGUCUGUUAACAUUUGUGGCUAUUCUCAGCUGCGUAGGUCUUGAUCCAUUCCAUAGAGAUCGGAGGUAUGCACGCCAUAUCAUUCCUAUGUUAGAUGGAUUUGCCUCUUGUAGGUCUUUUUAAGUGUGUGCAUUAGAUGGUACCCUUCCACUGACAGGUUUAACCUAGCAAGCCCGAGAGCAACUGAAGGCUGAAAUCAAGUCUGUGCCUGAUUGUUAAUAACUGAUGCCUCUAAAACACUAACAAAAACCUCAGUGGCCAGGGGACACAUCUGUUUUGACUGAGGCCUUUUUUUCCAAUAUACAUACAAACAAUCUGGAUCAACCUAUGUUCAAAUUUGCUCAUAGGUUACAGGAAACGGUCUUAAGGUUUCACUUCACUUCUUGAAUAUAUAUUAUCAACAAACUGGCCAAUAAAUAAGAACAGUUAAACUAGCUGGUUCGGAUACUUCCUGUCCUCAAACUAUUCAUCUCAUUUCUGUGGAUUUUUACUAAAUAUAUAAAUAGCCUAAACAAUAUCGACCUUAUCGUUAGUGGCCUUUCGUACCCCAGCUCCCCCUGGUGUCCAGCCAAAGACACAUUCUUUUUAACUUGGAUGAGUCUGAGAGCAUUUAAGCAGAGGAAACGAGGGAGAAAGAAAGGGAUAGUCAGAAAGAUGGACAGAAAAAGGUACCUGACAUGGGUGUUAUUACGAGAGUUUUCCUGAAAAUGAAAAAAAAGGAAAAUCUUACAAAAGAUGGACAGCUCUCCCCCUUCACCAUUCUUGAGGGCUAACAGGGAGAGCCAAUUAAAAAAAGUCUAACCUGACUCAGUCUGUAAGUGGCAGAGAUGUUCUAGAGAAUUCUGCCAUGUCCCAGACUGUGCUUCCGUUAGCCGCCGCAGCUCCUCUCCUUCCCCUCUGCUGCGCCACGGCGGGGACAACAGGGAUGACGUCAGUCGAUCCUGACAGUGUCUCAGUAGGGGCUGGGCUUAGCGUCCAUUGUACUGGAGUUCCCCCUAGAUGCCUGCUGGGAGUUAUUUUUUUCUGUUAUGUAUAUCUCUCUGUGAUUUUUAUACCAGAUAAUUUGUUUUUUGUUUUUGUUUAAUUUCUUAACCCCUUUUGGUAGAAAGACAAGGAUUCUGCAAAAAGGGUUUUUGAGUAUACAUAAAUAUGAAUGUAAUUUUAGUCAUGAGGUUGAUGAAGAACAUAAGAGAGAACACUAUGGUAGAUGGAAUAGAAUCUGUUUUCUGACUUGAAAAAAAAAAAAAUAACAUGUAAUGAACCGUUAUGCAGUCUUGGUAUAUAUACAGUAGUCUUAGCAACAUGACAAGAAACAUGGGUUCAAUAUUCACAACGCAUGAGCUACACUUGCCUACAGCAUCUCCUCUGCUAUUGUCAACACAGUCUCUCGGCUCUUCUUUCCCCCUGAAACUACAAACUACUUCCUUUUUCGUUGUUUUUUGUUCUUUCUAUCACUUUGCACUACAUCCCUUUAUUGCCCACCCACCCUCAUUUUUUUUUUUUUUUUUUUAAAUCUAAAUACCAAAAAAAAAAGAACAGCUGCCACUUUUUUGUUCGAAUCAGUAUGGAAGCUGUCCAAUUCUACGCCGCCCCCCUCUCCCUCCUUCCAUCCCUCUCUCUACCCGCACCUCUACUGCCCUCCUCAGCGCCCCCCCCCCCCCCCCUCUCCUGGCCAUUUCCAAAACAUUUUACAGCUUGCCUUUGAAGUGUGAGUGCGUUUGAAAGCGAGCGAUGAAACCGCAACACUGUUCGUUUCCGGAGGGUACAAAGCACAGCCUGACCAAUUGUAGAGGCCGAUGUGGGUUUGUUUGGGUGUGGUUACAAGCCUUUUUGUGUGUGUGUGUGUGUGUGUGUGUGUGUGUGUGUGUGUGUGUGUGUGUGAGUGAGUGUGCAGAGAAUAAAAGAAAAACCAAAACAAUCACCAUAUCCCUUUGGGGUUUGCCCUGUUUUUGGUAGGUCCUGAUUUGUUUUGCUUUCCUUUGAAAAGGCCUGACCUACCUCCCUCAAUUCUUUACUCUCAUGAGAUAAACAAACAACAAAACAAGAAACAAAAUCACAGGAACUUUUGUUUGGCCACAAAAUCAUUUUUGGGAUAUAUCCAGAAAUCAUUUCCAUACCAUAUUUUUUGCCAUGUUACAUUUACAAGUCUGAUAAUGGAGACCCUGAGUAUUCAAAACGUUCAGACUAGAUUUUGUGAUAUGGUAGUCUGUGCUUUACUGAUUCUUUUUACGUCUUGUUUUGGUAAUGAUAUUUAUCUAUGGUCCCAAGGCAGAAUGGGGAAACUUGAAAUAUCAAACAAGAUUGAUGACUCUAAACACGCAAAGACGUUGGCUUUAGUUAGAUGAGUGUGGCUAAGUUGUCUGGUUUCGUAUACAUAUAAAUGUGAUACUGUGCCAUAGUUUUAGGAGCCUGUCCUAUAGGGCUUUUAAAAGUAUGUGUUUUUUGAUGACUUUGUGUUAUUAUUUAAUGCAAAGGCUUGUAGCCACGACACACCCAAACAAGUCCACAACUUAUUUUUUUAAUAUUACUUUUCUCAUUUGUUUUUUCUCCUCUUUAUCUCUCUUUCUCUGUCUCUCCAUAUCUCUUUCUCUCUGUCUCCAUGCUACAAUCAUAUGAAUAAAGUAUUAACCUGAUGACCCAA